AUCGCAAAAAAACUCGGUGUUAGCAAAUACGUAGUUCAUCGUGUUCUGAAAGCCUACAAAGAAAGUGACUCGUACAAAGCUGGUGUACGAUCUGGUAGACCUAAAAAGUUAAACGAGAGAGACAAAAGAGAAAUCCUCCAUGAGAUUAGACGCGAUGCAACGACACCAUUAACUACUAUCUGCAAAACACUGUCUACUCCUGUAUCAGUCAAGACCCUACGAACUUAUUUGCGUAGUGCUGGUAUACGCUCUCGUAAAACGAUUGAA